CCCCAAAUAUUUCUCGACCGCAACACCAUUCGUGCAAACCCCAACCACCAUCCUACACCCACGAUGCUUUGCGCCAUUUCCGGAGAAGCUCCCCAGGCGCCAGUGGCCUCGCGAAAAAGCGGCAAUGUCUUCGAGCGGCGACUGAUUGAGGCGCACAUCGCCGAGCACCACACAGACCCCGUUACUGGCGAAGACCUCGCGGUAGAGGAUCUCAUCGAGCUCAAGUCGCCCCACAUUGUCACUCCCCGACCGCCCAAUCUUACCUCGAUACCCUCUCUUUUGAGUGCAUUCCAGAAUGAAUGGGACUCCAUUGUACUUGAGACCUUCACACUCAAACAACAGUUGGCGCAGACUCGGCAGGAGCUCAGCACCUCCCUGUAUCAGGUCGACGCUGCGACGCGCGUGAUUGCGCGAUUGACGCGUGAGCGUGACGAGGCGAGGCAGGCGCUGUCGAGUGUGACUAUCAGCGGUGGAGGCGCUGCCGCUAAUGGAGAUGCCAUGCAGGUCGAUGGCCAAGGGCUGCCAGAAGAGCUUGCAGCCAAGGUCGACGAGACACAACAACAGCUUUUUGCAACUCGCCGCAAGCGACCUAUCCCCAACGGCUGGGCCACGAACGACGAGGUCACCGCUUUUGACGUCAAAGCAAACGUUCCUCCUCUGUAUCCUGGCAGUACCAACGUAACGAUGGACGAGUCAGGUGAUCUUGCUCUAUUUGGAGGAACUGAUGGAGUCGCGGGCAUCUACUCUCUACAACAAGCACGGGUGAUCCACACAUUGAAAUGUGGCACUCCAGUCACGGCAACCGCGUGGUGGGGCUCAAAGGCCAUUGUUGCGACAGCUGCUGGCACAGUCAAAGUGUUUGAGAAUGGGGACGAAGUGGCGCAAAUGGGCUCCCAUGCUGGUGCAGUGACAUCCAUUUCACUCCACCCGAGCGGUGCCAUUCUGGCUUCCGCUGGCGCAGACAAGCGCUUUGCGCUUUACGACCUCGCGACGUACAAGACAGUCUCCCAAGUGUACACAGAGGCAGAUAUUACAUGCUGCGACUUCCACGUAGACGGACUGCUUUUCUUCACGGGUGGACUAGACGGCAACAUUCGUAUCUUCGAUGUUAAGACGGGAGCAUCCAUGGCUGUUUUAGAGACUGGCGGCCCCGUGCGUGCCCUCUCCUUCUCUGAGAAUGGCACCUGGUUUGCCGUAGCUCAGAAGGGGUCUGCGUCCGUCUCCGUUUGGGACCUACGGAAACAAGCGCCCAUCAAGGUUCUUGAUGUGGGCAGCCCAGUCGAUAGCCUCCACUGGGACUACACAGGGCAGUUCUUGGCGACAGCAGGAUCUGGCAGCGUUUCUAUACAACAAUACACAAAAGCGUCCAAGAGCUGGUCAGAGCCGGUGCGGAAGGCGGUGCCUGCGCGGGACAUCGCGUGGGGAGCCAAUGCUACGACCUUGGUUACCUUGACGGUGGAUGGUGGGCUGGACAUCAUGUACACAGCUUGA